AUGGUGCCCACAACGCAGCUACGAGCUUCUGUAGACGAACAGACGGACGAUGCCGCCAAUGAUGUUGCCAUUGCCGUCAUGAACAAGAAGAUAAAGGUCUAUGCCUGGGGUAAGGGGCUUGGCUUUGUAUGGAUAGACACGGGAGAGUGUAUCAUAUACAGUUGUUACAUUUCUCCCAAUGUCGAACCUGUGAUAGCAGAGCGUGCUCUGCGUAACCUAGUGGGCAGCAUAGGGUCCCAUGGCAGGAAACCCUGUGUUGUGACGAAUGACUUCAAUGCGAAGUCACCCGAAUGGGGGGAGAGACACAAGACGAAAGGGGAAGUCUGUUGUCUGAAUGAUAUCACCUUCAGCACCGAAAAUGCUGCACGGUGGGUAAGAAAUUGGACCGUUGAGGAAAAAGAAACUCUCAGCGAUCACCAGUUUAUUACGUUUCAAUUGAAACUAGACGGAGAAAGAACCGGAAACGGUCAGAACUCCGGGCGAUGCUGUGAAUGGAACACCAAGGGCUUUAACCCUUCGGUGAUUCGCCAUAGCUUUAUAGAAAAGAUGAUCGCAAAACAAAACAAAGACUGCGUCAGCAUGGUGGAGGCCAUCAAGGAAGCAUGCGACAUGCACCUUCCGAGGAAAGGCCGAACAAGAAACACAGGUAAACAAAGGGUUUACUGGUGGAACGAUGACAUUGCGAGAGCAAGGAAAGAAUGCAUUUCUGUCAAACGAAGACAGAUGCGACUGAGGGCCAGAAAUAGACUGGAAGAAGUCAUUGAGGUAACAGAGCUGUAUAAACAGAAAAGGAAAAUUUAUCGGGCUCUCAUUAGAAAAGCUAAAGAGGCUAAAUGGGAGGAACUGAUAAAUAAAAUCGAAAGAGACCAAUGGGGGCUUGGUUACCAAAUAGCCACCAGGAAACUAAGACUGGGUUCAGAGCAAAUCACUCUAAGCCCACAAUUUAGACAGAGAAUAGCCGAUGUGCUGUUCCCAAAACAUCAGAUAAAAAGAUGGAAUCUCACAGAGACGUUGGAAAUUGUAAAAGCAAUUGUCCACGAGCAAGUAGAGGUACUCAUGUUGGAAGCCUAUAACGGACUCCUACGUGAAGGGAAAUUUCCGAAAGAGUGGAAACGAGCUAAAUUGGUUCUACUCAAAAAACCCGGAAAAGAAGGAGGCAGACCAUCGGAUUUUAGGCCGAUCUGUCUCCUAAAUGUGGUAGCGAAGCUCUAUGAACAGUUAAUACUGAUAAAGCUCAAAAAAGAGCUGGAAGAGAAAGGAGGCCUAAGUGAAGAACAGUUUGGCUUCCAAGAAGGCAAAUCUACCCUUGACGCGGUAGACAGAGUUAUGGCCCUGGCAAGAUGGGCUAACUCUGGAGACACGAGAAGGAAGAGGUGGCUUCAAAUUGGGGGGGGAGUAAAACCUUCGAGGGGACCUAACAUCCCAUCAUCUCUCGUUCCGGACGUGGUCCUUCGCCGUUAUCACCAAACCCGCCAUCUGCGAGGUCAACAGCUACCUCUGAGGGAGCCCCUCAUCGAAAAGACGGUCAGGCAAGCCUUUGUUAAUUACGGACGCGCCGGAACCCCCUAA